UCCUUUGUGAUUUGGCUCACAACUGGUGCAACCACGCCCAGUCCUCUGUCUGUUCGCUGUCUGCCUGUCCAGAACAACAAAGAGGGCCUUUGUUUUGACAAACAUGAAGAACAACCUAUAAAUGAGGACAGCACUAUACUGUACAUGAACAGUAAACAUCUAAUACUUGUAUUUAUUUAUUUAACCUUUAUUCAACUAGGCAAGUCAGUUGAGAACAAAUUCUUAUUUACAACAACUACUCAGGACGACGCUGGACUAAUUAAUUGUGCGCCGCCCUAUGGGACUCCCAAUCACGGUCGGACGUGAUGCAGCCUGGAUUCAAAGCAGCCUCACCUUUAAAUACCUGUGGAAGGGGACUGGGCUCUGGCUUUACUCUCUUUAAACACAGGUCAGUGGAGAAGGAUUCUGUGAUCAGUCAGUACUAUUUCCCUGUCUCAGACAGUCUGACCCAGCAGGACCAUGGCUGAGUCUAACUUCCCCCUGCCUCCAGAUGGCUACACAUGUCUUCUGUGUGCAGACAUGCUGCGAGACCCCGUCACCAUCUCCUGUGGAGACACCUACUGCCUGGAGUGCAUCAAGAUCUACUGGGACCAGUACGACCACCUGGGGGUGUACAGCUGCCCCCAGUGCCGGGCCACUUUCAGCCCUCGCCCCGUGCUGAGGCGCAAUGUGCCCAACGUGACCCAGGAGCUUGAGCUGCAGCCCUUGCCCUACCUCCAGAGGGAUUCACUGUGUGACUUCUGUGUAGGCCGCCGCAGCAAGGCUGUCAAGUCCUGCCUGAUGUGCCUGGCCUACUACUGCGAGACACACGUCAAGCCUCACUACGAGUCGGCCACCUUCAAGAGGCACAAGCUGGUAGAUGAGACGGGUCACCUGGACAGGAAAAUCUGUCCGCAGCACCAGAAGGGCCUGGAGCUGUUCUGUCGCUCUGACCAGAUGUGUAUCUGUGUGCUGUGUACCGUCAGGGAGCACCGCAGGCACAACAUCAUCUCUGCUGAGGAGGAGCGAGCUGAGAAACAGAAAAACCUGGCAGUGACCCAGUCUGAGGUCCAGCACAUCAUUCAGGAGCGGAUGAAGGAACUGCAGGAGUUGAGACACAAUGUUGACGUUCUCAAGAGCAAUGCCCAGCGGGUGAUAUCGGACAGUGAUAAGAUCUUCAGUGAGAUGUUGCAGGCAGUGGAGCGAUGGCACGUUGAGGUGAGCCAGCUGACCAAGGCCAACAUGCAGGUGGCCAUGUCACAGGCUGAGGGAUACGUGGAGCGGCUGGAGCAGGAGAUCCUGGAGCUGCAGCGCAAAGAUGUUGAGCUGCGCCAGAUCCUGGACACAGAGGACAACAUCCACUUCCUACAGAGUUUCCCCACGCUGUGUGUUCCUCCUGAGCCCACGGUGCCCAAAGUACUAAUCAACCCCCAGUUCUCCUUCGGAGAAAUCACGAAGACUGCCACCGACAUGAAGGAGCAUCUAGAUGACAUCUGUAAGAAGGAGCUGAGCCAAAUCUCCAAGCUAGUAAGUGAUACCCCUGUGUACAUACUUUCACCAAGAGGUGGAGACAAACAAUUCAAAGCACCCUCCAGGGCAGAUUUUCAGGAACCCAAAACUAGAGCAGACUUCUUGAGAUAUUCCUGUCCGCUCACCUUUGACCCCAACACAGCCUACAAAGAACUGGUUCUGUUUGAGGGGAACCACAAAGUAAUGCGGAAGAAGACAGUCCAGUUUUACCCGGACCACCCCGAGCGAUUCGAUGGCUUCUCCCAGGUUCUAUGCAGGGAGUCACUGGGUGGGUUCAGGUACUACUGGGAAGCAGAGUGGAGCGGGGAGUUCUCCAUCGGAGUGGCCUACAAGAGCAUAAGCCGCAAGAGUAAGAACUCUCACAGUCUGCUGGGCUACAACGACAAGUCCUGGAGCCUGCUCUGCUCUGACUCGGGCUACUCCGCAUGGCACAACAAGAUGGAUAAAGACCUGCCAGAGGCCCCGCGGGCCACACGGGUUGGAGUGUACCUGGACUACACUGCCAACACGGUGGCCUUCUACUCUGUGUCAGAGGCCAUGGAGCUGAUCCACAAAUUCAAGGCCCAGUUCUCUGAGCCCCUGUAUGCAGGCUUUGGAGUGGGUUCUUCCGUGUCCCUCUGCCAACUAAAGGAGAACCUCCAACCUUACCGAGCACAGUGAUAACAGACUGAGGGGCAUCUACUCAGUGAAAAUACAACUAUGUAAACUACACAUUGCUAAUGUUGCAAACAUUAUUAUGAAACAUUUCAAUUUAACACAUUUCAAUAAAAUAUAAAACCGUAUGAGUGAAGAGUUAAGUAUAUUGCAAAUGAUAAAAACAGAAACUAUAAUCAAAUCAUUCCUUUGACUUUUUUACUGUGACAUGUAAUCUUAGUCAAAGAAAAUUCCUAAAUUGGAAAUAUAUCAAUGGUUCUCUUUACAAACUGUGCAAGUAAAUAAAUAUGAACAUCCUCCAGCUAUAGUAUCUGAUACAAAUGUGUAUACAGUGCAUUCGGAAAGUAUUCAGACCCCUUCCCUUUUUUAACAUCUUGAUACAAUAUAGCCUUAUUCUAAAGUGGAUUAAAAAAAAUCUCCGCAUCCUACACACAAUACCCCAUAAUGACAAAGUGAAAACAGGUUGACAUUUUUGCAAAUUUAUUACAAAUAAAAAAACAGAAAUUGA